AUGGCUUCCACUCGUGGUGCUCUCCCACUGACCCUCAAAUCCAUCAGCUCUACCAAAGUCGACGAGCUUUACAAGCAACGCGAGCUGUUCGAAAGCCGCAAGGCUGAGAUCCUCAAGGCAGCCAAUGCCGCCCCAGACCACAGAGAGAAAGCCCGCGUGCUACUCGAGGGUGUCACGCGGUUGAUGGGAUACCCCAAGGAUGCCUUUGACGAGGAUGACGAUAUCGACAAGGAUGUCGUCACUGGGCAGCAACGGAGCAACCGUCUUCCGUCGACACAAUCAGUUUACUCGAAUACAGAUUGGCUGCGGAGUGAGAAUAUUAACAUGCGCCGUUUUCUGCUGCAGAGUAGGCAUGAUGCUUCUGUUUCGGAUGAGGUUGUGCGGGAAUGGAUUGCUCGUCUUGAGGACAGCCUGCGCUAUCACACUGUCAAGUAUGAGCAUGCCAAGUUCUACAGUGACUUGGUUUCUGAAUGGCUUGUGGAUCUUGAGGAAAAGCCUGGCGAGAAGAGCCUCGACAAGUCAACCUUUGAACAAGUUGGACGACAGGAAAUGCAUGACCAGCGAGCCACAUGGGAAAGCCUCGUUUUCUCGCCAGCCGACGUAGACUCGCAAGCAGUGGUGGCAUACUUGGAUAAGCUCUUCAAUCAGACAAAGCUCUCGCAACAGGCGCUCAAGGAGCUUCGCGAGAAGGUCCGAGACUUUGGCACUAGCUUGCGGUCAAACACAAAGGCAUUUGACAUUACCAUGCUCAAGACCAUAAGCUCGUCACUGCUUAGAAGCGAUCUCUUGACUCCUGAAAAGACCUCAAUUCUGAAAGAGUUCCUCAAAAACAACGAAGUUGCUCAGGAAGUAGCAGACGUCUUGAACCUACGGUUUGCUUCUAUCGAUCGUUGGGACUGGGAUUCGAAAGGCAUCCCCGUCGAGAUGCGCCGCCAUCUGAAUGGGAAAUACCGCGUCUUUAUGGAUGGAGACCUCAUCGAAACUAUUCUUCUCCAUUACAUUGGCCUGAAAUGGUCCGUGGAAUUCCGCGACGCAUUUGUUUCCUUCUUGAAGUCUCCUGCGUGGAAAUCCAAUUCGCAAAAAGUCCCCAAGGAGGUCACCAAUCGACGGAAGCAUUUCAUUACACAAGAACCCCGAGAGAGAGAGACAGUCGACAACUUCCGAAAGGAGACAUACGAGACCGACUACUUCAUGACCCAACUUCCUCGGUCUCUCGACGAAGGCAAGAGAAGCUAUGAUGACCACGGCGACGAUGAUGCAGUCCUACCAGGGGAUGAUGACCGAAUGUCACCGAUCGAGACCAAACAGUCAUUGCUGCAUCUUUUAAUCACCGAAUCCAUCAUUCACAACCGACUUCAUGGCGAGUUCACAGUGGUUCGAUCUGAUUUCAAAUGGUUUGGGCCUUCUCUCCCACACGGCACGAUCCUAGCCGUUUUGCACUUUUUCGGUGUUCAAGACGACUGGUUGCAGUUUUUCAAAAGGUUCCUAGAGUGCCCUCUCAAAUUUGUCCACGACGGCUCCGAGGCACAAGUCCACAUCCGACAGCGUGGUGUGCCCAUGAGUCAUUCGAUCUCAGAGUUCCUCGGAGAGUCACUCCUUUUCUGCAUGGACUAUGCCGUUAACCAACAUGCGAAUGGCUCGUUCCUCUACCGGCUGCAUGAUGAUUUCUGGUUUUGGGGAAAGGAAAAGUCCUGCCAAGAGGCAUGGAAGGCAAUGAGUGAAUUUACAAAAGUUACCGGUCUUCAGUUAAAUGAGGAGAAAACCGGGACCGUUCGUCUGGGGGAGAAGAAAGAGGUUUCGGAAACCCCUACUGCCGAUCAUUCGAGUUCCGAACUGGGUUCUGACUCGGAAAUGUCGUCGGAUGAUGCCAAUGCUUUUGCUUUACCACAAGGCGACAUUCGGUGGGGAUUCCUCAAGCUGGACCCUGAGCAGCGUCGGUUCCUCAUUGACCAGGACCAAGUGGAUAUCCAUAUCGAAGAGCUCAAACGCCAACUGUCCGCUUGCAAGAGCAUAUUCGCCUGGAUCCAGGCGUGGAACAGCUACUUUGCGAGGUUCUUUAGCAACUUCUUCGCCAAGCCUUCUGUGGCUAUCGGACGAGAACACAUCGACAUGGUGAUCAGCACGUUGAGCCGAAUUGAACGCGAAGUCUUCGCCGCGAGUGGCUUGGAAAACGGCAACGUUGCGUAUUAUCUACGCAAAGUCAUUGCGGAGCGCUUCGACGUGGACAAUCUCCCCGACGGAUUCUUCUUCUUCCCCAUCGAACUCGGCGGUCUCGAGAUCCAUAACCCCUUCAUCGGGUUCCUCGCGAUGCGGGAAGACGUUCGCAAAACACCCCGACGCAUUAUAGAGAAAGUGUUCAUUUCAGAGGAAGCCAACUACGAAAUCGCCAAGCGGAAAUGGCAAAAGGGGGAUGGCUACUCUAGUACUUUGCGGUUCUUGGACGGACCCAAGUCAUUCUUUUCUCUCGAAGAAUACACUGCGCACCUCGAGUCUACCAGCUCGGAGCUAUAUUGGGCAUACCGCGAGUUGCUCCGAGUUCCCGAGGAGCAGGAGAUCGGCCCGACGACGGAGCUGAGUCGACACCAGAUGAUGCUGGAUCGGUCAAGCAAGCACGGGGACCGCAUUGCGCAUGAUUGGAACUCUAUGAACGCGUACUGGCGAUGGGUGACGGUGCUUUACCAUAGCGGUAUGGUCAAGAAGUACGGUAGUCUGUCGGCUGUUGAUCGCGCGCUGAUGCCGCUUGGGGUUGUCAAGGUACUGCGCCAGGGAAAGGUGCGGUGGCAGGGAUAG